AUGGGCGCCAGCACAUUCAAAGUCAUCGUCGUCGGUGGUGGGCCCUCUGGCCUAACUGCCGCCCAUGCCCUACACCUGGCUGGCAUCGACUUUGUCGUUCUAGAGAGAAGGGAAAGCGUCGUCGAGGAUGUCGGUGCAAGCUUGGUACUGGCACCUCCAAGCCUGCGAGUCAUGCAUCAGUUCGGUAUCCUUGAAGAACUAUUGGCCAUUGGCAGGGAGGUUGAGUUUGGCAAGUCAUUUGACCUGCAAGGGCGGGAGUUCAAGAACAGCACCAAGGUUCAGCUUUUGCGCACAAACCACGGCUCUUGCCCUGUUGCUUUUCAUCGAGCUCAACUCAUCCAGGUUCUAUAUGAUCGUCUCCCCAUAGAGGCCAAGAAAAAGGUCCAUCUGGGGAAGAAGCUUGCCAGCAUCGAGACCAACGAAAAUGGCGUCACUGUUACAAGCGCCGAUGGCAGCGUGUACCAAGGGUCCGUUGUAAUCGGAGCUGAUGGUGUACACAGCAAAACCCGCCACUUGAUGCGCCAACUUGCCUUGCAAGAUGACCCUUCUCGAGACUGGGAACCCGAAGAACCUUUUGCAUCGUCCUACAAGUGCAUGUGGGCAAGCUUCAUGCGACCUUCUGAGGAAAGUGGCCAGAAUUUCGACACCCAGCAUCAAAACAAGAGUGCCAUGUACAUAUCAGGCCGUGAGAGAAGUUGGAUCUUUCUUUAUGAGAAACUGCCGGAGCCAACAACCAACAGGGCUUCGUACGCUCAGAAGGACAUCGAAGAGUUCUCUGAGGGGUUCAUGGAUUUUCCACUGACCGGGACACUCAAGGUCAAAGACCUGUGGGACAAGAGACUCACGGCUGGUAUGGCGAAUCUGGAAGAAGGAGUUGCUGAGCAUUGGAGCUGGAACCGGAUUGUGCUUGUUGGCGAUGCAUGCCACAAGUUUACUCCCAACGCUGGCCUGGGUUUGAACAACGGUAUCCAGGACGUGGUGAUGCUAUGCAACGGCUUGCGGAAGGCUGUGUGUCAUAGCUCCGAUGGACCAAGCCAGGCUGUUCUGACCGAGAUAUUCAACGAGUAUCAAAAGGUUCGGACACAGGCGCUUCAAUCUGACGCGUCUCGCUCAGCCGGAAUGACGCGCAUGCAUGCGUGGGAGAACACAAAGUAUUACCUCCUGUCGAGGUAUAUCAUGUCGUCGCCGCUGGUCGAACACGUCUUGAUCAAUGUCCUCGGGGCAAGAGGGAUGCGUGAGUCGCUGGUAUUGGACUAUGUCCCGUGCGAGGAGCCCAUGCGAGGAAAGGUCCCUUGGAGACAUGCGAUGCCUGAACCUGUGAAGAGUGGUUAA